AUAGCAAUAUUUUUAGAUCUCAUCUGUGGACCAAUCACGAACACCCACGAUUAACGGGGUGUUUGUUGUAACUUCAGCUGCGAUGGCAGCGAUUAAAUUUAUUUCGGUGUUUUUGAUAAAUUUAGCGAUAUGUACAAUAAUUACGUUGGCAGGGAGGGAUUUUUACAGUAUCCUCAAUGUUCCACGUAGUGCAACAACAAAUGCAAUAAAGAAAGCAUAUAGGAAAUUAGCCAAAGAAUUACAUCCAGACAAAAAUAAAGAUGAUCCAGAUGCUUCUCAAAAAUUUCAAGAUUUGGGAGCAGCUUAUGAAGUACUCUCUGAUCCUGAAACGAGAAAAAUGUAUGACCGAUGUGGAGAAGAGUGUGUGAAAAAGGAUGGCUCUAUGGAUAAUUCAAAUCCUUUUGCAAGCUUCUUCGGAGACUUUAGUUUUCAUUUUUCUGGAGAUAAUAAUCAUCAACAAGAAACACCUAGAGGUUCCAACGUUGUUGUUGAUUUAUCUGUCACACUUGAAGAAUUAUACAGCGGCAAUUUCAUUGAGAUAACUAGAAAUAAAGCGGUAGCUAAACCUGCCAAAGGAACGAGAAAGUGUAAUUGUAGACAAGAAUUUGUGACAAUUAAUUUAGGAAAUGGUAGAUUCCAAAUGAUGCAGCAACAAAUUUGUUCCGAAUGUCCAAACGUUCAAUUUGUAAAUGAGGAACGAAUAUUAGAAGUUGAAGUUGAACCAGGAAUGGUCGAUGGACAAGAAACUAAAUUUACUGCUGAAGGAGAACCACAUAUUGAUGGCGAGCCAGGAGACUUAAUAGUAAAAAUUCAAACGGAACCACAUCCAGUUUUUGAAAGAAUUGGGGAUGAUUUGUACACAAAUGUAACUAUUUCGAUGCAAGAUGCUUUAAUAGGUUUCACUAUGGAUAUAGAACAUUUAGAUGGACAUAAAGUGACUAUUCAUAGGGAUAAAAUUACAAGACCAGGUGCUAGGAUCAGAAAGAAAGGAGAAGGAAUGCCUAAUUAUGAUAAUAAUAAUCUUCACGGUAUUCUUUAUAUCACAUUCGAUAUCGCAUUCCCUGACAAAGAGUUUACGAACGAACAGAAAGAAGAAAUUAAAACACUUCUACAACAGAAGUCUGUGAAUAGAAUAUAUAACGGAAUAAAAAAAGUUACAGCUAUGUAAAUAUAAAGUAAAAAAAAAAAAAACUGCCUAGCGUGCAACAUCAUUGAAAUGUCUGUAAUGCCAUUGAAUUUUUAUAUAAUUGUGUACUAGAUCGGAGCAUUUAACUAUCCAAAAAUAUCAACAGGAUUGAUAAUUGAUCUUUAGUUCCGAUAAAAUGAUAUGUGUGUAAUCGAAAUGAUUCGAUCACUUAAAACUUCCUCUUUAAUCUUAAAAGACUGUAUGUUACGUAUGAUUUCUAGUGUCAGUGAUUUGAAAUAAUGAAGAUACAUAAUUAAAUAAUUAUUUAAAUAAGUUAUUUUACGUUCAAGCUGCAAGAGUGUUGAAUGAAUGUUUCAAAUAAAUGAAAGAAUUUCCAUUUAAAUAAUGAAACUAUUACUAUAAAAGCCGA